AGACAACCUAGGAACACGCAUAUACGCUCUGUAUGUUCCUAGAAGAUAACUAGGAACUCGUAAAAAUACGAACUCAGACUGGGAAAAAUAUUUUUGAACGGUCAUCCAACUUGGUGUUCCAAGUGGGAAACGCGAACAUCUUUCUAGAGCUCCGACAUUCCGACCUGAAUAUAAACGAUGUCAGAUUUUGACCACUUUUUUUUUUUCUCUCUCGAGUUACCAGUUGUCUUGAAAGCACCAUGAUAUCCUGAUAGGAAACAAAUAACAUAGCAAGGUUAGUGUUUAACGGAGAACUUGUUCUGUCAUAAUGAAACAAAAUAGGAUCUAAAGGAAAUGGGAGUCAAAGACGUCAUCCCUCUGAGGUCUCCUUGUCCUAAACCCUCACCGGCCCUCUCCUCCCUCCUGGAGACCGAGAUGAAACCCUCUCAGCCCCCCGGACACCUGUCCAACCCCAACACUUACCCCCUGCCCAAACGGGUGCUACCCUUGACCAGCCCCGAACUGGUCAAACUCAGGGCGAAGCCCGCUCCUGGCCUCCCUCCUCACCCUCCCCACCUGCCAGGGGUACACCACCGAGCCUCCGGGGUUGGAGGUGGGGGUGAAGCAAAGGAUGGCCCGGCCAACUUUACAAACACCCUAAUCAGGGAAAUCCAGCAUUCCCACAGCCCUGUGACCCCUAACCCCUAUAGGGGAAAGACCUUUAACACUAGGGGUGGUAUGGGAAAGGACAACCCACUGUCGCCCUCCUCCCUUCCCCCAUGCAGAGUCAGUGCGCCCAGCAGAAGGAGGGACUAUGGAGCGGUGCUGAGGGAAGACAUGAACAAGAAACUCAAGGUUGGAUCCAGUGAUGUUGGGAGCUCUAGACCGCCGUUCCCUGUUGCCCAGCUCCGCAGGCUCUCUGUGCCCCCAACCGUUACCUCCAGACCGGGGCAGAGCAGCCAGCCGCUACCUUCCCCUUACGUGGACCUCCAGAGCCCGGGGAGUAGGCCACCAGGGCGCAGGCACCACUUCUCCCAGAAGCUCUCGCAGUCUCUCCAGUCUAUCCGCCAGUACAAAGAAGGAGGAGACGGGAAGGAGAGUACGAUGAAUCUUGGUGGUCCACUGUCACCCACCACGUGCAUCCCUGUCAAUCCACAGCAGAGUCAUGGUUCCCUGGACCACAGAGGAACCACUCCCUCUAACAAGCGGUUCACUCCAGGAGGCACCAGAUCCCUGUCUCUGAAGAGACUCAGACACCCAGACUUGGAGGAGAGAAAUGGAGGAAGAGGAGAGGACAUGGCUAAUAAGAGACUUCGUCCAGAGGACUAUAUCCCAGGCCCUAUCAGUACCUGGCACCCACCAGAUGGAACAGCCAGUUCUAAGAUGUCCACCAGCCCCAACCCAUCCUACCUGAAGAAAGUCUUCAUGAAGAACAAUCUGAGCUCAAGUCCUACUCUAAGGUUGAAGGAGAGUCUCACCCCUAAGAAGACAGAGGAAGGGAUGGCGAGAGACAGGAGGACUGUCCCUACCUAUCUACUCUCCACACCCAAACCUGCGAGGAAGCACUGCACCGGCCAUGGAAAGACGCCAUGCUGCAAUAGUGUGAGGGAGAACGGCAACCCUCAAGCUGGAUACAGGAGAAUGAAUCACCAAUCUGGCAACACUCAAUCUUUUUACAGUGGUAGAUGUCCUCAAACAGGCAACCGCUACAGCCAAUCUGGUAACCCAGCCAACCUGCCAGUCACAAUCCAUAGUAGAGGAGAAUGCAGUAGAGCUAAAGAGACCAGAGAGCGAGAGAGUGGAGGAAGAGAACCGACAGUUCGCCCCGACGGGAGAACCCCCAAACCCGACUCAAAAUCUCAGAGCUCGGACUCGAGCUGCCCUAGUUCUCGGCGCCAUCACGCAUUGGAAAAGAAGCGACACGUCUCUCGCCCACGGAGAACGUCUGCCUUGCCGGAUGACCUGAAUGACCUUUUCACCCCUGACCCCAUAACCUCUAGCCUGUCUAGAGUAGCGAUUACCUUUUCCCCCAGUCCCCAGAGAGGAGACAGGUCGCCCUCUGUACACAACAAGGUUCCUCUGUCUGUUGUGUUGGCUACUGUCAGUGAUGCUAGUAUGGGACCGGGGUCCCCCUAUGUAACAAGCCCUAGAGAAAUCCCCCCAAGAUCCCGCUCACAGCGAAUCCCAUGUCCCAAGAUCUCUUCCUGUACGGACACUGCAAUGGACCCCUGUAAGCUACUCCUGGACCCCAAAAUCUACUCCUCCUUUGUAAGGCUGGAGUUGAGCAGGAAUGACUUGACUAAACUAGAGAGCGGCUUGUACAGAGCCAUCACCAGCACUGUAUCUUCCUCAGGGAAGCCCUCGUCCCCUAAGGAUGUCACCUCAGGACUGAAAACAAGAUCUUCUAGUAUUGCUUCAGCAGAGUUGGUGUCACCUAUGAAUGAGAAUGCCUACCUCAAGACAGAGUCCUGCGUUCUGAAAACUAUCCCCCUCUCAGCCUCUGCAAAGUCUUCAUCCUCAUGUAAGGACAAGUCAUUUAGCUUGGAGACAGCAGACCUCAAAACCAGUCCCUCAACCCUGGACCGACAUGGACAAGGAAAGGAGGGUGACGAGAGGAAGGAAGGAGACCAGAAGGUCCAUAAGAUUUUAUCGUUCCUUGAGGAAGGAGAACAAAGAAGCAAGACGAACAAUUCCCGUAAGAGUCUGGAGGAGGACCCUCUGGAUGUGGAGUUGAGCCUAGGCCUCGACCUGAGCCUGGGGCUAGAGUUGGCGCUAUCCCAGAACAGCAGCAGCAGUGACGAAGACCAGCUGCCGUCCAUGCAGCAGAUCCUGGACCGUACCGCCCGGCCCCCAGACACCCCAGAAAAAGGAACCAUCCCUGUACCCAGUAUCCCCGUUGGACUCCCACACCACAGCCAACCAGCUUCUUCAUCUAAAGCGAAACACACCAGUUACAGGAACAACCUGGAUGAGAUGCUGAAGGAAAAGGAGGGCAUUCAAAGGUCUAAGGAGAUGGAAGCCAAGCUGCAUCUCUCCUGUAAGGAGAAACUGCUGAGAUUGGCUGAGGAAGAGGAGGAGGAGAACAUUGAGGAGGCUAUCCCACAGCAGCAAAAGGAUUUCCUGCAGCGUUUCUCGGUGUUGUCUAGUGCCAUCCAGGACCUGCACCCCGGGGAAGCGGUGUUCAGCCUGGACAACUUUGGCCGUCUCUUCAGCCAACACACACUGCAGCUGAGACGCUGUAACGUCACCCCGUGUGACACCACACAGAAAACAAUCCUCUGGUCCUCUCCAGACCAGUUCAGGACCCAGGUCAGUUCCCAGCUGUUCCAGAGAGCCUACUGCUCCUCCCCCUGUCCUCCCCAGGUGACCCGCUGGCUCUUCCAGAUGAUGUCAGUCCACUCAGACAGGCUGACCUGUCAUCAGGUACUACAGGCCCUUGGAGAUAUUGCCUGCUCCGCUGCUGAACACAUGGUGCUGAAUAAGAGUGAGAGGUUUGAGGUGUGGGUGCCCAGUAUUGGAGACAUGACCCUGGUCUUCAUGAACAUGGGGGUUCCCUUCGUCACCCUUUUCCCCCUGGAGAACCUACAACCCCCCUUCACUGAGGGAGACCUGAUAGAGGGCCUCCAGAUCAGCACAGAGAGCCUGUCCAGCAAGAAGGAGCUCAGAACUUUCCCUGAACACAACUUUGACAAUGUCAUCAAGUACAUGUGUCAUUGUACGUCGUUGUGCCCGCGGGUCUACAGUGACCGAGACCUGCUGUUACUCCUGACGGUGGUGAGCAGAGUGGGCCUGGAUACGCAGCUCGCCCUCCAGCCCACUGAGCACCUCCGCUCCCUACUGCACAACCUGGUCAACAGCAUAAGGGACUUGGACAUCAUGCUGCCCAGGAUCUGCAUGUCGCUGAUUGCCCUGACUGAGGACCACCACAACCUGCGCUGGCUGGUUGAGCUCCUGCCAGACAGCAUGCGCGGCAAGCAACUCAGGAGACACCUCAGUGUGUUGGCCAUCUCCAAGCUGCUGAACAACAGAUGCACUUACAUUCCCUCCAACACAGAGUUCCAGCUGUCAGACCUGCGUCCCUACCUCUCCCAAAUGCGGCCCUCCUCACUUCUCCGGGGGCUGGCCACCUCCUGCUACAGGAGGAGUCACCACCCACACAGAGAGCGGGAGGAAGAGGAGGACUGUGCCUCCCUGGACCAGCAGGCCUACUACCUAUGCUACAGCCUCCUGGCCUUGGCCAACGAAGCCACCAACUUUGAGUUCUUCCCUUCGGAGCAAAAGAGCCAGUUGUUGUUGCUAAGUGCUGAGCUGGAGAAACACAUCAAAAGUGACAUCAGGGAGAGUGAGAAGAUGCUUUACAGGAGCAAGGUGAAGGACCUUGUUGCCAGGAUCGACAUCAAGUGGCAGGUGCUGAUCCAGAGAACCAGGCCUCUCCAGGAUAAACUGUGUGACUUCUGGCAGCCUCCGCCUGAGGAUGCUGUGAGCAGCAGCCAGGAGAUCCAACACGCCCACAGGGAGAGAGAAGGGGAGGAAGAGAGAGGAGGACAGGGUCAUAGAAGGAGAAGAAGAUGAGGGGGACGAGGUGGUGGACGGAGAGUGACAAGACAAGGAGGAGAGGAUUGCAGUGAAGAAUUUGGCAAUGGAGAAUGAGAGCGAAGAGAAAGAGAAGACACCAGAAAAGCACUGUCAUGGAGGAAGCUGAGAAAGAAAAGGACAUUCAGCGAGAGGAGGAAGAUAAAUUCCUAAAGAUGGAUGAGAUGGUGGAGAGGUUGGAACUUACGCUAGAGGAUUCAGAUGAGGAACCAAAUAUGGUAGAGACGGAGGAGAGGGUUACAGAAGAGGGAAGCAGCGGUGGAGGAGAGAAGGUAAGAACAGAUGGAAAGGAGAGACUGAAGAGAGAGACAAUUUACAGAAAGAUUCAGAGAUGGGGCAAAGAGGUGGAGAAUCUAGGGAAGCAGAGAGAAGCACAGAACAGAAGGAAGAGACUGGGAGAAGCACAGAACAGAAGGAAGAGACUGGGAGAAGCACAGAACAGAAGGAAGAGACUGGGAGAAGCACAGAACAGAAGGAAGAGACUGGGAGAAGCACAGACAGGAGGGAUGAAGAUUAUAUGAAGGAAGGAGGCAGAGAGAAACCAAAGAAGAAUGCAAUGGAAGAUAACCUGGCUGCUUCCAUAUAGAAUUGUGCCUGUCUAGACCCACUGCCUGUCGUCUAGACUCUGGACCAAGAUUACAUCCAAAAUGGCACCCUGGCCUAUUCCCUGUGUAGUGCACUACUUUUGACCAGGUCCCAUGGGGAUCAAAAGUAGGGCAUGAUAUAGGGAGCAGGGUGCCAUUUGGGACUCAACUGUCUACAUGUUCCACUUUCUCAGGUAAAUCACUUCAAGUGAACAAAUGUCACGUGAUUUCUUUCAGGCACUUUGUUGAACAAUGCAAAAGAUGAAUCCUAGUAGGAUUGACCUAUAUAUUUUCACCUGUUCUGUUCAUUCCUUUUACUAUUUGCACUUGUUUUUUUUGUAACAUUUCUGCUGUUGAAUAACUUAUAUUUUCAAAAUACACUUGUUAUUGCAGUUGCAGAAGUGUUAAAAAAUAAAUGUAGUUUGUUAAACAAA